GGCAUGAACCGUGCGCUCAUCUUUGCUGUCACGCGUGUACCACCGAUAGAUUGUGUGCUAGCCCCUCGAGCAUAUUUGUCAGGGGUAAAGCGUUUAAUGAAUUGGAAUAGAAAGUUGUGAGGUACAUGUACGUAGGCUAGUCCAUGACCUAGUCCCCCGUGUAUACCCCGUGCACAAACCUUAUGUGACUUAUCUGAAAAAGUCUGUUUUGGUAUUUUCCCACCGAAAGUUAACUUUUCUCGACAUGUUUUUCUUCUAUUUUCUAAUGAAUUACUACUAGUUUCUGCAUGGAGCUGGUAGGAAACAUGGUUUCUGUAUAAGGAAUAAUUGCGGCAUCAUCAGGGUUCCUGCAGCCUGGAAAAGUCAUGGUAGGGCCUAAUUUGUCAUGUUUGUUUUCAUUUUCCAGGCCUGAAGAAGUCAUGGAAGGUUGGAAAACAUGAAUAAAGUCAUGGAAUUUUUCAAACACUGUGUGUGAUUUCUGUUGUCAGAAAUAAGUGCAUUUUAUUCACAACUUUAAAAGUCUGAAUACAUGUAACUAGUCCAAGAAAUUGAAUUUAUUGGGUCAUUGAUUUUCAUAAUUUUGUCAUGGAAAAGUCAUGGAAUUUAAUUGUCCUUUGGGUGCAGGAAUAGGAACCGUGGUACUGUAUGGAACUCUUCUUAUGACUGAAGUUUUGCCAUUUCAAUUGGGGUAGUUACAGUGUAGGCCUAGGCCUUACGUAUACGUACAUGUAAUGUAUAUAUCAUAUGUACACAUAUAUUCAGCAUAUUCAUUAAAAGUGCAGGGUUUUCCUUGUGCAGUGUUUUUUAAGUUGCACAUCUUUCAAAUUUGUGCAGAUAACAUAGAACGCAGUCUUUGAACCUGCACAGUUUUUGUGCCUAUAACUAUGCAGAUUUAAGGGGAGUCAUGAUGGUUGCGUUUCAACUGGGCUUGGCUGGUGGUGCAGGGAUUCCCAUGCCCUCUGAAGUCUCCAGAUAUUGUGCACCUGUUUCCCUGGUCUACAUGUAUGCAUCAAUCAAGCUGGGAAACUGAUGCAAGAAUUCCAGUAUAAAUUAGUAUCGUUUAUCAUAUUUAUUUGUUUAGGAUCCUACUAUUAUUGCAGAUAUUUUUCUAAUGGCUCUAAGAAUUUUCCGAAUUAAAUGUCAACAAGGGAAUUUGAUCGCUCCCACGAAGAAUUUUUUUAGAGAAAAGCAAAGUCCAAAUGAAAUGUCAACAGUGGAAUUUAAUUGCUCACGCAAGAAAAUAUUCAUUUCGUCAGACAAAUGUGGCAAAUCCUCAAGAACAACAUUCAAAUCUGUGAUCCCUACCAAAUGCAGUUUAGAGCUGCUGUCUGACAUUUAAAUUUUAAAGUAUUGCUUAAAUGUAUUUCUUCCAAGUUCCUGUCUCUUCCAGACGGACUUCAAAGACCACAGAGACCACAAAAAAAAUGACCAGGCUCUCAUUCAGAAGCUUUGAAUGGCCUGUCGGCAGUUAAAACAGAAGACUUUCAAGAAAAGGAAUCAGAGAUCAGUACCUUCAGCAGGUUCAGCAUGCAGCCCUGGUCUUUGAGUCAUAGAUGUGCAUGCGACAUGUCAUGAAGAUGAAAGAUCUUGAUUUCCUUCAAACUCUGAAUGCAAAGACUACCUUUGAUUUCCUUUUGGAGGAUCUGCAAAGAUUUCAGACCAAAAGCAAAAACCAGGGAAAUGGAUUUUGAGUUCAAGCACAUGUACAUGUACCUGUCUAGUGAGCUAGAAAAAUCAAUUUGCCCAAGUAAUUAACCUGCUAAGCCAGUUACUCAAGGAACUACAUGUAAAUGUGUCCCUUUAAUGCAGUGCCAAAACAAGGUGGCUCAGUCGAUACCACAAAGGGAAGAAUGACACAUUUUUUAAUCAUUCCAAAAAUAUUUGAAUGAAGUGGCAAAUUGGUUCAAAUCAACAAAGUCCGGUGAGAGGGAGGCAAGAAAUGUGUCUUUGGAUGUGUGCUGCUUUGUACUGCUUUUGUUUUGCACAUCUAGACCUGUUUAAGGGGAUGAGAGUGAUCCAGUCCAUGUAGCUUUGAACACAUAUUACCACCGAUUGUGAAUGCAUGCGUAUACCUAUGGCAACACCAUGGGUGAGCAUGGAGGAAAGUCAUCAAAUGGGAUAAAGAAUUGGUUAUUAGUAAUUCACAAUACUGUCUGUGGACUAGGUAAUUAAUUAGAAACUCUCUAGUAAUAUUUUGGCACUGUGUUUCAUUUCAUGUGUGGAUUUUGGGCCACUAAAUUGAACAACAGGUUCUUGUUUCUUUUCUCCAUUAUGUACAUGUACUAUCAGUGCAAACAGAAUUAAACAAAAUCAACUUCUUAAAGUUUUGAAUCAGGUUAUGUCUAAGAGUAAGUAUUAGUAUGCAAACUACUUUGCAACAAUAUUUUAAUGUAAGAUUACACUGACACAAAAAGUCACAUUUGGACCCCAUAUUUAUUGAAUGAAAGUGUGGGCAUUUGUGCCUGAACCACAUACAUGUACAUGUAUUAUGUACCCUUUUGGACUUUCUUUGCAAAGUAAACAGUCAAAUAUUAAGGCAGCCAAAAAAUUGUACUUGUAAAAUGUAGGCGGGGGCUGGGAUCCAUCUCGCUACAGUGAUAUCACUGCAGUGCAUUUUGUUCAGGAGUUGAACCUUUAUGGGUUUUUAGUAAUUCUUUGUUACUCAUUGCACAUAGCCUGGUGCACAAGUACUGGUAGCCUUGAAUUUCAAAUGACCUUAACAAGAAAACAAUACGUCUGAUGAGAUAAAACGACACUUUUGUAAUGGUAAGGAGUGUCUCUAAACUCAAACAUGGCACAGCCUAGUUCUUGGGCAUUAAAGACAAAGUUGUUACAUGUAACUCCUUUGCAUAACAUUCCAUUUAAAUCACAUAUACAACAUCUAAUUUCUUCUCCUCAAAAUUUAUUCUGCUUCAAAAAAUUCACUUCCUCCAAGAUAAAUACGUAAAGACUUGUUUAUGCUCUCAGUUUUUGAAGCUGCUCUCAUAACGAGCUUUGCUAGGUCAGUGGCUCUGGACUAGUCAGCUUUGUCAAAGUCUCUUGUUUCAUGAAUGCUUAAUCAGUAUCAGCAUAUUUUGGCAGCCCUCAUCUACAUACAUGUAUCUUAUCAUAUUUCUGUCAUGUCUUUAUCGUUUUUUGUUUGCAGUAAAUUUUGUGGGAAGUUUCCAAGGUAAGGAAGUACCGAAAAGUCUGUGAGAUUUAACAACUGUGACUGGAUCUGUGAUUUGUGUCAUCAGACAUUUGCUGGAACGUUUCACUGAUAUUACGAAAAUUGGGGUAAGAGUGGUAUCUCAGACUCAAAAGAGGUCCAACCGUAGAUACCUCUCUCGGUUUUAUGUGAUCUUGAUUUCAUAGGUUAAAUUCCCUUCUGCGCUCAACGUGUAACUAUACCUAAAAUGAGAUUGAUUGUUGCUUCAAAAACAAGGAACUUUUCAAAUUUAUACAGUUGAGCUUCAUACAUUUUUGUAUUAAUUGGAUUGAGCUAAGGUACCAGUAAUAUGCAAUCAGUAUGAGUACCGAGUACUUGAGUGGUGAGUCAUCACUCAUACAAGGUACACAGGGAUAUUCCCUGUACAGUUUGAAUGAUUGUGGUCUUUCUCCUGAGCAAUUUGAGGAUCAAGAUGGAUUUCUUUGCGAGCCAUGUGCAGCCCAACAGCAGCAAAAAAUCAGGAGUAGUCCCAACUCUUCGUUAGCUUAAAUACUGAUUGCUGUUUAAGUUGCUCAGUGGCAUUCAAAAAUAAUGCCAGGGGUAUGAAGAGAUACAGCUUAAAGUAUUGUGGUCUCACCGCGGAGCAGUUUGAGGGUCACAAGGGAUUCCUUUGUUUUGCAUGUAUGAGGAAGUAUCGGAAAAAAACUGAAAGUGCUAAAGACGCUGUCGUCAGGGUGAGAGAUGGCAAUUUGAAUACCAAAUGCUGUUUGAUGUGUGAGUCGCCAUUCAUAAAAGUGAAAAGGAACUAUUCCAGAAGGAGCUUAAAAACUUGUGGUUUUUCUCCUGAUCAGUUUGAUGGUCAGGAUGGAUUCCUUUGUCUUCCAUGUGUUAACAAGCUUCAAAAACUAACAAGGCAUACUGAACCGUUGAUCAACUCCAGAAAGUCAUCUAAAAGGAAGAGAACAAAGUGAUCUUCUGCAAGUCCUGCUGAGAAUUCAUGUGGGCAGACCAAUUACAAAGACAAAGUUUACUCUCUUCUCGAAUCAAGCCAUUAUAGUGCUGCUUUCACUGCCCUUCUUCGUCGCAACUCAGCUAAACAACAUUUCCAUAAGGUUGUCAAGAAAUCAGUCCAAAAAGAAGUCAGAUCAUGUCCUGAGGAGAUGCAUUUUUCAUGUCCUGCUUCUUUUGAAGGCCUAAACAGUUUGAAAUGGGACAAUGUUGUUGAGGAGGCUGCUACUCAUAUGCCCCUUCUUGUGGAUGUCUUAAAAGCUGCUCUUCCGGACCCCUCAAAACAGCUGAAGAAAACCUUCUGCGGUCAGAAAGUGACAUCGUUGAAGCAGGCUGAACUACUUCGUGAUCAGCGACUGGGCUUUAUUUUGUCACUGGUGCUGUACGCAUGUAAGCCUAUUAUAUACAAUUUUUAUCCAAAGUUGCUUGUCGCUGCAACUCGCAAAGAGUAAAUGUGCUUCUUGGCUUCUCCAGUGCCUUCACAGCCUCGGUGUAUGCAAAACGUUUCAUGGAACCAUGCUUACUGCUCGGAUGGCAAAGAAAAGCUCCUUGGCGAAGCAGGUAAGGGACCAAGAUACUCCAAGUCAACAGAUUGAGUCAAGUGCUACACUUGAACAUACUGAGAUCUGUGAAAUGGAAGUACCAUUUCUGCUACACAUGGAUACUGGGGAUGAAGCACGGUCAUCUGUUGAGCAUGUCAUGGAUGAUGUUCAGUUCCCUGAUGGGACUAUGUGUGACAGUGAGACCUUCAUACCACUUCCUGCAUUGUGUGCCAAAGAGCCAGGUUCCAGUGAACGUAAUUGCUGUGCAUGUACUGCGAAUGAAACCCAGAGUACAUAUCCUGAGCCUGGAUAUACCCUCGUGUGUAAUCACAUACCAGCAGACUCAACAUGUAGACCUCAGUCUUGUCAAGGUAAUGCUAACAUGUGCACCUUUGCAGUCAAAAACAGAAUCCUGUUAGAUACCCCUAAGUCAAGAGAUGGUGCAGUUCGUCAUGCGCAAGAGGUCCCUCUUUCCUGUUUUCUUCCCUCUUCUGAUGACUGGCAAAAUAUGAAGCACAGGAUGUGUUUGAUACUGAAGUGCAUUUUAAGGGAUCAUUUUCUAUAUUUACAGAACAUGAAAUGUUCUGCUUAUGUGCGUCACAAAUACAGUCUUACUACUAGAAGAAUAAGCGAAAUAGUGAGGUUAGGUGAACAAGAGAAUAUGUCCACCAGCACGCCAGGUGCUGUCCAUGCGCUCGAGUCACUGCUUCAGUUUGUGCCAUCUCAGGGUGAUGACUUGCAUCCAGUUGUCUGUUUUGGAGAUAAGCACUCUGUCAAGCAAAUGGUUCACACCAAACAUUCACGAUCUACUGAGGCUUCUGCAGCAGCAAAGUUAGAGGGACUAGUACUUUGUCCCCAGGACUUGCACCGCAGAGGUGUGUUACUCAAAGACACCAUAGAUAGAUUCUUCAAAAAGGAAAGUGCAUCAGAUCCAGGCACUCUUUGCCACUUGAAGAAACACUUUGGAUAUGGUCCAGUCAAGAAGAUCACGAAAGCCAUGAACAAAACAGAUCCAUCUGAACUGCAGCAUGAUAUUUGCUUGAUGCUCCUUUUUGUAGUCAGGUUAAAUACACGUGUGACAUGUGAAAAUGAUAGUUGGUUCCACAAACUGAAAUGCAGGGCAUUUUCCCCCAUUGCAAGGACAGCGCUGGCAUGUGAUACACAUUUGCCCCUUCCGGAUAGAUUAUCACCUGAUCUUUUAGUCAAAUCGGUUUUGUGAUACCACUGCCAAAGCAAUUUCUUUGUUUUAAUGUAGCACUUUUUGAUGUACGUGUAUAAAACGAAAACUUCAAACAUCUGCAUUGAGAAUCAUGUGAUAACAGCAUCCUCAAUUCAGAUUUUGAGCAUUAGUAGUGUGUUGAACAUGAUCUACACAUGCUAAGUUUCAACUACUAAAAUCUCAAUUCUUUAAUGAAUUACUUUUCAAAAAGUGUAAGUUUUGGGCCACGUUUGGUUGGCAGUACACUCCUGAAAGGGUUCAAAUGUCCUGGAGAAAAGCAUGAAUACAUUUAGCUUUAGAUCAGAUGUAAUUCCCAGAACUAAUCACUGUGUCACACAUAAAGUGUUUGGACACUCCUUGUGUUUUCAUUUCACAGAAUGUGUACCCAAUGAGCUGUGAACUUUGAUGAUGUACGUGUAGGCCUACUGAUUAUUGAAAGGUUGUUUACAAGUCUACCAUUCAUCCUAAUAGAUUUUUUAUUGGUAGAGACAGUUAAAAAUUGAGUUGUUUAGGAAAUUGUGAUGGUGACUUGUUCCUUUAAUUGUAAUAUUGAAGUAGAUUUAAAUUGUGCAGAGUUUAUGAGGGGCUACUCAGCGAGAUAGAGGUUUUUGUUUUUAAGAAAAAUGUUUACUGCCUGGCCAAAGGGCAUAAUGAUGCCAUGUGCUGUAAUCCGUAACAGAUUUUUUCCAAACGUGGGUGUGACAUUUUGAUAGAAGUAAUUUGAAAUUCAUUUUUUUGUAAAUGAUGCCUGUUACACACUGUUUUUUCCCUUUUGGCAUCUGUGUACUCUUUG